AACCGCCCCAGAGAGCAGCAUUUUAAUAAAAAGCCAACUGGUCGCUGAGAGGGAAUACUGGGGGGGGGAUCCUGCGAGGUGAUGCUGCGGGUACCCUGCCCGCCGGGACCUGCCCCUUCAACGCCGGUCCCCAUCCCCGCUCCGCUCCGGUAGGUCCGGCGCUCCCGGUCCCCGCCGUGGAUGUAUUAGUGAAUUUCAUUAGCAGACCCGAAUAAAUACACAUCCCACUCCGCGCUCCCACCCGGGAAGCCCCUCCGCCCCGUACCCCGAGGCUGACCGCUGCCCCGGCACAGGCAUCGCCGCACCGGGAUGGGCGGGCUGGCGGACCCCGCUGCUCCCGGUCGCCCGUGCGGUUUCCUCCCGGGAGCAUCCCUCCCGAAGGAGCCCGGGAGGCGGGAGGCGCGGCGGGCCGCUGGCACGGGUGCCGGUGGCAGCGGCGGUGCCGGUGGCAGUGGCGGUGGCGGAGCGCGGCGCUGCUGCCCGGCUCGGCGGGGCGGCCGGCGGCGGGGGCCGCUCUCUGCCGCCUUCCCGCGCCCUCUCCUCGCUCCCGCAGAUCUCGCGAGAGCGGCCGGCUGGUGGCCGCGGGGGCUGUUGCAGCAGCGGCGGCGGCGGCGGGCGGAGCGGCGGCGGCGGCGGGCGGAGGCCGGGGGCGGCCGAGGAGGAGGAGGAGGAGGAGGAGGCGGCGGCGGCGGCGGCGGCGGCGCGGGCGGCGGCGCGGGGGGGGCGCCGGGAGAGAAGCGGCGGCGGCCGAGGCCGAGCGGCGGCGGCGGCGGCGGGCGGCGGCAUCAUGGCGGACAGAGACAGCGGCAGCGAGCAGGGCGGCGGCGGCGGCGGGGGCGCGGCGGGCGCCGGGGGGCCGGGCUCGGGCGGCGGCGGCGGCGGCGGGGGCCCGGGCGGCGGCCUGCAGCAUGAGACGCAGGAGCUGGCCUCCAAGCGGGUGGACAUCCAGAACAAGCGCUUCUACCUGGACGUGAAGCAGAACGCCAAGGGCCGCUUCCUCAAGAUCGCCGAGGUGGGGGCGGGCGGCAACAAGAGCCGCCUGACCCUCUCCAUGUCGGUGGCCGUCGAGUUCCGCGACUACCUGGGCGACUUCAUCGAGCACUACGCCCAACUGGGGCCCAGCCAGCCCCCCGAGCUGGCGCAGGCGGCCGACGAGCCCCGGCGGGCGCUCAAGAGCGAGUUCCUGGUGCGGGAGAACCGCAAGUACUACAUGGAUCUGAAGGAGAACCAGCGCGGGCGCUUCCUCCGCGUCCGCCAGACCGUCAACCGCGGCCCGGGGCUGGGCUCCACGCAGGGCCAGACCAUCGCCCUGCCGGCCCAGGGCCUCAUCGAGUUCCGCGACGCCCUGGCCAAGCUCAUCGACGACUACGGGGUGGAGGAGGAGCCGGCCGAGCUGCCCGAGGGCACCUCCUUGACUGUGGACAACAAGCGUUUUUUCUUCGACGUGGGUUCCAACAAGUACGGCGUCUUCAUGCGGGUGAGCGAGGUGAAGCCCACCUACCGCAACUCCAUCACCGUCCCCUACAAGGUCUGGGCCAAGUUCGGCCACACCUUCUGCAAGUACUCGGACGAGAUGAAGAAGAUCCAGGAGAAGCAGCGGGACAAGCGAGCCGCCGCCGCCGCCGCCCCCCCCGCGGGCGCCGGGGCCGAGCCGCCCCCGAGGCCGAGGCCGCCGCCGCCGCCGCUGCCGGGCCGCCCGGCGCCCUGCUGCAGGCCGAGGAGCCCGAGGAGGACUGACCGCCCGCCCCCCGGGACGAGGACUGGCCCCGCCCGCCGCCCGGCAGCAGCGCCUCCGACCCGCCACCCAUCGCUGGAUGUUCCUCCACUUUACCCACCGUAUCAAACAACUUUUACCAGUAAAUAUCGGUUUAUUCCUGAAACCAGAAGCCCUAAACAUACCUUUGUUUAUAAGUUUUCCUGCUCUGCAUCUCUGGGAAUGGAGCCCGCAGGACCUAGACCCUUCUGUUGCCUGGGUGGUUCUGAUUGCUGGCAGUUCUGUAAUACAACUUUAAUCUGAGCAAUUGAGGCUGGUCCUACCUUAUCUUCAGACGUCUUGCGGAGGACUCCUGUUACCAGUUUGGUACUCAAAAGCUACACCCCACCAUCAGAAGUCACUUACUCUUUUUUUUUUCCAAGGCAGUGAUAGAUCACCCUCUCUAGCUCUAAUGGAAAAAUGAUAAUUGCAAUGCAACUUUCUAAUAAAUUGUUCAUAUAUUCAUAAUUCCAUUGCGAUCCCAAAUUGGAGAAGAGAUCUGUUAAAGUGCACUGGUGUACCAAGCCUCAGAACCACUGCUUUCUCCAGCUCAUAGGAUGCUUUUCCGAGACUGUGGAUACGUGUAUGUGUACUGCUGUGUUGAUAAGUAAAUGCCAACGAUGGAGUUCGUUGCUUUUAUACAUCCCAAAGAGAAGUUCUCCACCGUUCAUUUUUCUGUUUUCUGACUGAAAAGGCGUGUGUUUGUGAACAGUGUUCACGCAAGUUCUGCCAUCCCACCCUCACAUCAGCUUAUACCAAUGCCAGGAUGGGAGGAUUUGCCUGCGAACCUUCCCCAAAACACCCCAGUCCGCAGUGGCAUCGUCAGGGAGCAGUUCAAACGCGUGUCCUUUGGGCUUUGUGUAAAGCAGAUGCAGAACAAGAAAAAUCAAGAUGUUAAAUCCAUUAGAAAACCAAUUCCUUAUUGUACAGUAGUAUGGAGAUCUCUAGUCAACCUGCCAUUAAUAAUAGAUUCUUAUUUUUUGAAUGAUCUAUUUAAAAAGAACAGCAAGCAUUGUAUUUGCUAGUAAAUCUGAAGUGUUUACAUGGAAUUACUAAAUAAAUUAUUUGAUCUAA